CUCACGGUCGCUUGACUUUCCAACCACAAUGUCAGCGAAGGAUCAGCUUAUUUUUGCAGCCAUCAAUGAGGGUGCGCACAAACAGGCGCAACAACUCAUUACAAAGCAGUUGAAGAAACAGCCAAAGUCCACGUACUACCUCACGCUACAGGCAUACGCAUACCUCCACGGCAACAAGGCUUCAGAGGCAAGUUCCCUUGCUGAUAAGAUCGCGGCUCAGACACCAUCUGACCCACAAACCUUGGAAAUGCUCUCCAUCGUAUUCAAGAGCUUAAAGGAGUACAAGAAAGCGAUGCUGGUGUACGAGAACGCGGCUAAGAAGUACCCCACGAUGGCGCUCAUUACCAGCUGGUUCAGCAUGAAUCUUGAUAACAUGGAUGCGCGCGGAAUGCAGAAGGCGGCAAUGUACUUGGCCAAGCUCGGAGGUGCGAAGCAGCGUGACUACACGUGUUAUGCCGCGUUGUGCUGCUACAUGGCAGUGGAGUUGGAGUCCGGGACGACCGAAUUGGAGCAGAAGUUGUUUCCCAGUUUAGGCGUGAGGAUGAUGGAGAAGCUCCAGCCGUUCCAAAACUGCCAGGAAGUGUACAUCUACGCAAAGCUCUCCAAGGCGGCUGGCCAGGAGGCGCAACUGGUGGUUGACGCGAUCCAGACGUUCACCGGCACCAACAAAUUGGACUUGGAGUUGCAGAUCAUUCUUCUCGAGACAUUGGCGCUGAUGGAGAGCUGGAAAGCCUUGUAUGAAACCGCUGUCAGGAUCCUCUACGACUACAACUUGGACGAUUACAACACAUGGAAGCACCUCAUCACCAGCGGGUUGAAAUUGGACAAGUCUGAGAUUGUGCGGGAUUUGUUGGGCACGUAUAACGGCAAGGGCUCGCGUAACACCCUUUUGGCGACAAUUGCGCUCCAUUCCGAGUUGAAGCAGUCGUUGCACGCGCCGGUGGUGGCGUACUACGAGCGUUUUGGCAGCAAGCCGUGCGGGUAUCCCGACCUAGCAAGCUUCCACGCGGACGAAAUUUUUGCUUCCCAGCAGUUUAUAGAGUACUUGGAGGCCCAGAAGCCGGAGGUCACCGACAUUGACACUCUCACGUGGGUGGUCAACCACCAGCGGUUCAAGCUCUUGCUCAGAACGAGUGCUUUCAGCACCAAAAAGUUCAUCAACGAGAACUUUCAAUACUAUGAAGCCUCCAAGAGAUUGCUUCAAUCCAAAGAGAAGACAGACUUCUACCUGGGUGACGAGCUUCUUCUCAUGAACUGUGCGCUUCUUUUGGACGAGGCGGAGGAAGGGAAGUUUGUCGAGAGCGCCGCGAAGUGUCUUGUUUUGUUGGAAGCUGCUGCGAAAGCGGACCACCACGAACCACACUUGCGGAUCUGGUUGGUAAAGCUCUAUUCGUUCCUCUCGUGCUCCUCCCUCGCGUUGAAGCACUACGACGUCAUGAACAUCAAGCAGAUGCAGCUCGACCUCUUGUCGCACCAUUUGCUCGGUAGGCACUCCUCCACCAUCAACUUUUCCGAUAACUUGAUGCUCGAAAAGUUGGAGCAGUUGAACAAGUUCUACCCCCAGACAGCGUACGAGAUCCAGCACUUCACCAACGAAGCGUUUGAAAAGGGCAGCUACAACAAAAUCGUCCUGAUGGUUGAUCUCGGGAACAAGCUUGUUGGCAGUGUGAACAAGAUGAUUGCGGCAGUAGAGUCGAUCAAGUUAGGGAAGCUUCUUGGGAACAAGGCAUUGGUCAGGGCGGGCUACACCGAAGCUGCUAACAUCCGCUCUGAAACCGUGGCCAAGUCCGAUAACAGAGACUUCCGCACUCACUGGUUCUUUGGAACCAAUCAGACCAACGAGAAGGUCAGGGACAGAAUGGCUAUUGGGCCAAAGCAGACCAACGUCUGGUGCCAGCUCCAGCUCCUCAAGGAGUUGCUUAUUACCGAAACCAGCGAAGCCAAGGUGAAGCAGUUGCACAAGGAAAUGAAUCUCGCGUUAGCGAGGGAAAGGGCGAGCCCAGAGUUGACCGCUAUCGAAAAGUGGUCGGUCGAGAUUAUGGUAGCUUUGUCGCAGUACCACACCUCUAAGGAUGUGAAGCUUAUCGAUGCGGUGCUCAGUCUGAUGGAGAGCCCACCGCCGGCCCCGCGGGGCAGUGAGUUGUUAACCUGGAAGGCAGUGCACCACCAUAUGGUGGUUGCCGAGCUCGCCAAGUCCGUCCAGCUGUACUUGUCUGUGCACAGCUUCCCAAAGAAGUAUACCAAAGUGUACGAGCUCAGGGAUAUGUGCGGUAACCAGUUGGAGGCGUUGAGAGACGAGACAGUUGCCAGCGUUAAGCAGGGCCAGCUGCAAGAGUUUAUGGUGUUGGAGUCUAAAGUCUUGGACUGGGGGAUUCUGGUAGGCUACGAUGCCCAGCUGGUGUUGAACGGGAUCAGGUCGUCAAUGGAAGCGAACGUCGCAGUGUUGAGACGGAUAUAGAUGUGUAUAGCGAAAUGUCAUUGGGGACCUGUAAUACAUCCCUUUUUAUAUAGAUUUAAAUGAGCCAUCCCAGAUAUUGCUGAAACUUACGAAAUACUUCAA